AUGGGAAAAGCGUCAACUGAAAAGGCUGUGCUGAAAGCACUGGACAAAACCCCGAAGUCCAGACGCGAUUUGAAGAAAAUUACAGAAAAGAAAGGAAUUAGAUCAGCGCUCAAAGCUCUUUGUGAACGUGGAGAAGUCCUGAAAGAUGGGAAGCUGUUUCUGCGAGUGACAACAUCGAAAGAACAAGAACAGAAGGAAUCAGUUAAAUUGCAGACUGCUGCGUUGCCCCAAGCAGCCGUACUUCCAAUUGCGGAAAGGCUUAGAAAAGAAACUAUAUUGAAAAAGUCAGUUCGAAUUGUGGAGCCAGAAGUGGAUCUUGACGACGAAAUUGCUCGACUUGAAGCAGAAUUGCAAGCAUCGAGCUCAUCUGACGACGAGUCAGAAAAUGAGGAUAUCGACGGUGCGGAGACCAGUGGUGUCCUCUCACUGUCCAAGUUUUCAGAGAAUCGAAUCUCUAGUCUGCCCGCUUCAGCUCUGCCUCAGCCAGGACGCUACAAAACGAAUGGUGAGCGGCGAUCAGAGAAGAAGCCCAAGCAAGUUGAAGUACCUGAUGGGUUGAGAGAAGCAGUGAAAGAGGUUCUCAAUGGAUAUAAAGCUCGCUCCUCUGAGAAACUACCAUUCUAUUGUCGAGUAUGCCAAGUACAACUCACUAAUGAAGACGAAUUUUUCCAGCACAAGCGAACACAGUUUCACAAAACAGCAGUUGCGAUGGAACAAAAGGCAACGUAUUGCAAACUGUGCCGAAAGCAGCUCACGAGCCCGGCUCAAAUGAAGGAACACCUGAAAUCUAAACCACACCGCUCGCGCCUGCAAUUCGUGAAGGAAAAGCAGCAAGGACAACGAACCCGAGCAGCAUCGAAAAAGCAAUGGUCCUAG